AAAUGGCUCCGGUGCAGCAGCGGCUCGGUCAGAGAAGCCUACUCAAAGUCCGCGCACAAUUCACGGGAUUAAUGCACCGCUGGGACCCCGGGAGCUGCGGAUCAGUUUCCAGAGCACCACACAGAGGUCCAGAGCAGCCGCGUGUACAGGCUCAGGAUGGAGGGGGACUGUCUCAGCUGUAUGAAGUACCUCAUGUUCAUCUUUAACUUCUUUAUCUUUGUGGGUGGCUCGGUGCUCCUGGCUGUGGGUGGAUGGGUGCUCUUUGACCCUUUAGGCUUCAGAGAGCUGGUGGCAUCUAACCCUCUGCUCUUCACUGGGGUGUACCUGCUCCUGGCUCUGGGCAGUCUGCUCUUCCUGCUCGGGUUUCUGGGCUGCUGUGGAGCCAUACGUGAGAACAAAUGUCUGCUGCUCUUUUUCUUCAUGCUGAUCCUCUUCAUCUUUCUGUCAGAGCUGGCGGCGGCCAUCUUGGCUUUCCUCUUCAGGGAACAUAUGACUCGGGAGUUCUUCACUCGGGAGCUGAAGCGUCACUAUCAAGGACACAACACAUCUGACGUCUUCACUUCAACCUGGAACGCCAUCAUGUCCUCCUUUGAGUGCUGUGGAGUGAGUGGACCUCAGGACUUUGACGACAGCCUGUUCAGACUCCUCAGCCCCAGUAAAGCCAUCCCAGAGGCGUGCUGUCACAGAGAGGGAGCGCUACAAAGCAGGGGGCCAGAGCGACAGGGAUCACCACACGGCAGGGGGCCAGGGCGACAGUUGGAGACAGGUGGAGGUGCAUAUGGAGAGGGCGGAGUCACCGGCCUGGAGCUGUGUGUGAGCGGGGCGAUCGCACACUACACUAACUAUAAGGGCUGUUACUCGUCACUGGUGGAUUACUUUGAGACCUACAUUUACUCUGCAGGAGCACUGGCCAUCAUUGUGCUCACUAUAGAGCUCUUUGCGAUGGUGUUUUCCAUGUGUCUGUUCAGAGGGAUCCAGUGAUGCCCACACGGACAGGAGCAGACGGGAACAGACAGGAACAAACGGGAGCAGACAGAAGCGGAUGAGAUAAUUAACCUACAGAAAUAUGUUCCAUUCAUGUUAUGGUAUUAUCCUAUUUUUAAAGGUGCACUGUGUAACUUUUCUGGUGGAGGCCACACACUCCUGCUUGAUUCCAUAAAGAUGUUAUUGCUGUUGCUGCUCCUCCCUCCACAGAUCUGACCUGUAAAUUGGCCUGGUGGUGCCACCUGCUGGUCUCUAUCUAUGGAGAUGGAAAGGUUCCAUGCUCUACUGUGAAACAUUCCAGACAAACCAAUAACAUCUUAAGCAUUUGGUGUGUGUGCCCUCCACCAGAGUUACAUACUGCACCUUUAACAUAUUGUUCUGUUGUUUUGUAUUGUAAAGCAACACAAACUAUGAAUGUUUUUAAAUGUUUUGAACAGAACUAUUGCUCCACAGGUCACAUGUACAGUUAUAGUGCACUUAUGUUACUGUAGUGUGGGCGUGAAUGGACAGUGUGUUGAAAUGCCUUAUUUGUUGCACACAGUUUUAUUUAAAUUUUGUACAAAUGUAAAUAGUGAAAAUAUCAGUCAAAUGAAUAUAUGUAUGUGACAUGUUAUCUUUUUUGUUUGUGAAGAUCUGUACUGCAAAUGAAAUCACCAGUCCUGCAGGUGUAUACGUGUGUCAUCAAGGGACAAAAACUGGUAACAAAAUACACAAAUAGAAAAAUAAAUAAGUGCAUUUGAAUACAAGCUAGUUUGAUAGGCAGUACUAGUAUAUGUCCCUCCAAGGCUACUGUAGUUGCCUUUAAAAAUGUUCAAAUUUAGAACACAUUUUAAGUACUGUGUUCACUAGACUUUGUAAAUGCCACUGUUGUCUAAGGAUAAACUCAUGUUUGGCAUAAACAUGAGCCACUGAAGUUUUUUAUGUUGACAUGGGAUCAAAGGGGGCCUAUGAAAAUGUAUUAAAGGCUUACAUCUUUCGAACAGGCCUGAACUGUUUAAAGGUGGAGGAGGGUCUGCCACCCACCUGUGUUUUCACAAAUAGUGUAAUGGGCAGGUUUUGAACCCAAAUGCAGAACAACAGACGGGACAGUUGACAAGACUUUAUUGCAGAUGGCAACAGCAGAAAACAGCUUAACAGGAAUCGGGCGAAUCGCAGAAACAGGAAACAGGUUAACAGGGAUCCGGCGAGUCACAGAUACAGAAACAGGUUAACAGGGAUCAGGCAAGUUGCAAAUACAGGAACAAGCAGGUCACUGGACCAUGAAGAACAAUCUGGCACUUGGGGAGUGUGGAACUGGAGCUUAAAUACUGGCUACAAAACUACAGGUGAGUGAGAUACCACUGGAAACAUUUGGAAACAUCUGGAAACUUCUGGAAACAUCUGGGAACCUCUGUAAACACACAGAAACUUGCAGAACUGUGACAGAUGGUAUUGCUUUACCUGGAAGGUUACUCAAGGUAUCAAACUUAUUUCUACAUGCAAACAAGCAGGUGAUGCCACCAGUCUAAGUUAUAGGUCAGAUCUGGGGGGAGCCGAGUGGAUGUUUUCAAUGAAUUUUUUUGAGCAAUAAAAACACCUGUAAUUGAAUAAGUGCAAGAUAUAUAAGGUUAAAGCCAUACUUUAACCUUAUUCCAGGUAAAGUAAUACCAUCUGUAUGGAGACAAUCAGGUGGUGGACCCUCUAAAACAGGGGUGCCCAAACUCUUUUUACCGAGGGCCAUAUCUUGAAAAAUAUUUGACAUAGAUGGCCAUUGGUCAAUACAGUGGAUAAUUCAGAUGGGGGUAUUUAACCUAGUUUUGACUUCAUACUUUAAAUAAGGCUUGAAAUAUUAAUAUUAGGUCUGUAUGACAAUGCAAUGUGAUGUCAUUUACGUUAUAUUGGUAGAAAUAUUCAAAUUUGCAGUAAAAAGUACUGAUUAUGAUCAAUUGGGCCAGUUCAACUGAAGGGCUGAGGGUCAAGAAAAAUUGGUCUGAGGGCCGCAUUUGGUCACCGAGCCAUAGUAGACACCCCUGCUCUAAAAUUUACAUAGUGCACCUUUAACCAACAAAUGUGAAUUGUGUUUUUGUGGUGUACUACUGUUUUCUUAAAUAAAUCUGAAAAUG